GGUAGAGCAGUAACAGCGAAGUCGCCGGUUUAGUAACACGUCUCGCGCCGCGCCGCACUGCGCUGGCCGUUGUAUGAAGUGCCGCUCUAGUGUAGCAGUUACAAACUCUUGACUAAUCGGAUAAAACAUUCAUCAAGCAACAGUUGUUCAUCGAAUAUUCUAUACAAUGAGACCCGACAACGACAAAACCCGGUAGCCGUAAGAGGAGGUGAGAUGAAUGAGGUUGCUGUGUGUGGUGCGUCACGUUAGCGCCGAUGACCGGCCGAGGGUGCGCGCGAGUGGUUGGCGAGCAUGGCGAACGCGACAGACGCGUACUGCGUGCCCGGCGCCACCGACUUCAACCGUGCCUACAGCCGCCUGCACGGCUACAUAGCCAUCGUCAUCUGCAUCGUCGGCUCCGCCACCAACUCUAUCAACAUCGCCGUGCUCAGCCGCCGGGAGAUGGCCAGCCCCACCAACUCCAUCCUCACCGGACUAGCCGUCGCCGAUCUCCUCGUCAUGCUAGAAUACAUACCGUUUGCACUCCACAUGAACAUCAAAAUAGGCCCGCAAGUCAACAAGAACACUUACGCCUGGGCAGUCUUCGUCUACUUCCACUCCAUCUUCAGUCAGACGUUCCACACGAUCUCAAUCUGGCUAGCCGUCACGUUGGCGGUGUGGCGAUACGUAGCCAUCGCAUAUCCACAGAAAAAUCGGUCUUGGUGCAGUAAAAGGAACACGACUCUUGCAAUAGUGAGUGCAUAUGUAAUAUGUCCGUUUCUGUGUCUUCCCAUAUAUUUCGCAAUGACUAUAGUGCCGAGUGAAGUGACUCCUCAAAACAAUUCCGAGUUCGCAGAGGAUCUCUCUCUACCUCAUAAUCGGACCGUUUACGUUUUAGAAAUGUCGAAAAAUGUGGAGUUAGUUACAGCAAUAAUGUGGAUUUACAGUGUAAUUUUAAAACUUGUUCCGAGCAUAGCUCUAUCAAUAUUAAGUACGUGUUUAAUAUCAAAGUUAACCACUACGGAGAGGAGAAGGCAGAAACUUCUCAAGAGGUCGACGGUUGGGCCCAACGAAGCAGAGAAGCAGUGCCUUGCCGAGGAGUCCUGUGCGCGGAGAUCAAGUCGCACGGAUCGCACGACGCGCAUGCUUCUUGCGGUACUGGGUCUCUUCCUGUCCACAGAGGUGCCUCAGGGUCUUUUGGGCCUGGCCAGCGCCCUCGCACCGGACUUCUUCAAGAGCUGCUAUGGGAUGUUCGGUGACUUGAUGGACGUUCUGGCGCUGUUCACAUCAUCAGUGAACUUCGUCCUCUACUGCAGCAUGAGUCGUCAGUUCCGUUGCACGUUCGCACGGCUGGCGCGACGCAUGCUCUCUGGCGCUGAGGAACCAGCCAAGUUUGCUGCCAAGCUAGAACCCACAACGCAGGUAUCCUUCUUUAAUAAGGGGUCACCGGGCCGCUAUAGCGACAGAUCCCCGCCCUGAUCAGGGUGGUAGAAGAGAGUAUUAUAUAAAUUUAAGAUUAUUUCGCUCUCUAAAUCGACGAGUAGAUAGUAGUUUUGAGUAUUUGUAAAUAGUAGUCAUAUUACGACCUAAACCCAUAGUGGCUAAAUGUUAUCAAGAAUAUAAAUGUGUAUAUAUUUAUAAGUUAUGUUUGUAUUAUUUAAAACAAAUAAUUUGUAGAGUAAUCCAGUCUAUGCUAGUCUUUGCGUCUUUUGAGCCAUGACGCAAAAACUAGAAUCGAAUUAUAAGUAUAUUAGAUGUAUAAACACCUCAUUUAUUACCUAUGAUUAUAGUAUGAUUAUUGUAAGGUAAGUAAUCAAUAUUUUAGGAUUGUUAAUUUACGUCUAGGGUCCAAAGAAUGAUUGUAAAUUUCAAACAACAAAUAAUUCAAUACUGAUCGAAUUUACAAAAUAGAUAAUUUGAAUUUUGCAUUUAUCUAUCAAAUAGAAAAAUGCGUGUGUAUGUUUCGACUAAAGAUUUUAAGUAUAAUGUGUUACUAAGUCAAAAUACUAGUUUACCUAUAUUGUGUCCAAGUAAGUGUCCCACAUUGUUGUAGUACCUAACUACUAUGAUUUAAUUAUAUUGAAGUAUGAGAAGGAUUUAUAAACUUAAAAUAUUUUUUUAUCGUACCUAAUCUAAGUAACUUUUUACAAAGUAAAGCUGUAUGCCCAUUUUACAAAAACCAUACCAAGUACCUUAGUUAUAUUCUAAGUUUGUAAAUAUAAAUAUAUGAAUGCCUAAAAUGGGCAUAGAGCUUAUUAAAACUAUCAUUUUUCUGAUGUUUCUUUACUAAAUAAAUCGUACAUAAUAAGUGUUCACGUAUCUUUUUGCACGAAUUCAUUUUCAAUAAAUAAAACGCCAUUUCCUUUUUAA